CUCGGAAGGUGUCUACGCCAUUGUCGCGGCGCAGCUCGGGGCCGGCCUCUCGCCUCGCGUCAACGGCGGAGGCCCCGCGGCCUGGGCUUACUCCAACGCUGCUGACGUAGCGUCAUCUUGCGGGACGUGGACGGAAGAAAAAGGAGAGUAAGCCGGCGCCAGAAGUGGCCGGCGCGGAGUGCGGGCUGGGCGGCUGGACCGGGCGGCGGCGGUGUGGCAGAUACUUUGGUCAGUGAGCACAUCGCAGCAUGUUGAGUCAAAUCUGCCGCUCUGGGUGCCAGUCCUUCACCCAGCGUCUUCUGCCCUGGGUCCAGUCCACAACACUCUCCAGAUCUCAUCGUGUCCAGCCUUCAGCCACGGGACAUGUUCGUUCUUGGAGCAACAUCCCCUUUAUCACUGUACCCCUCAGCCGUACACAUGGCAAAUCUUUUGCCCACCGCAGUGAGCUGAAGCAUGCCAAGAGGAUCGUGGUGAAGCUCGGCAGUGCCGUGGUGACCCGAGGGGAUGAAUGUGGCCUGGCACUGGGACGCCUGGCAUCUAUUGUUGAGCAGGUUUCAGUGUUGCAGAACCAAGGCCGAGAGAUGAUGCUGGUAACCAGUGGAGCCGUAGCCUUUGGCAAACAGCGUCUGCGCCACGAGAUCCUUCUGUCUCAGAGUGUGCGGCAGGCCCUGCACUCGGGACAGAACCAACUGAAAGAGAUGGCAAUUCCAGUCUUAGAAGCCCGAGCCUGUGCAGCCGCCGGACAGAGUGGGCUGAUGGCCCUGUAUGAGGCCAUGUUUACCCAGUACAGCAUCUGUGCUGCCCAGAUUUUGGUGACCAAUUUGGAUUUCCACGAUGAGCAGAAGCGCCGGAACCUCAAUGGGACACUUCAUGAGCUCCUCCGAAUGAACAUCGUCCCCAUUGUCAACACAAAUGAUGCUGUUGUCCCCCCAGCAGAGCCCAAUAGUGAUCUCCAGGGGGUAAAUGUCAUUAGUGUGAAAGAUAAUGAUAGCCUGGCUGCCCGUCUGGCCGUGGAAAUGAAAACCGACCUCUUGAUUGUUCUUUCCGAUGUAGAAGGCCUCUUUGACAGCCCCCCAGGGUCUGAUGAUGCAAAGCUUAUUGAUAUAUUUUAUCCUGGUGAUCAGCAGUCUGUGACCUUUGGAACCAAGUCAAGAGUGGGAAUGGGUGGCAUGGAAGCCAAGGUGAAAGCAGCCCUCUGGGCUUUGCAAGGUGGCACUUCUGUGGUCAUUGCCAACGGGACCCACCCGAAGGUGUCUGGGCACGUCAUCACAGACAUCGUGGAGGGCAAGAAAGUUGGCACCUUCUUUUCCGAAGUAAAGCCUGCAGGCCCUACCGUUGAGCAACAGGGAGAAAUGGCUCGAUCAGGAGGAAGGAUGCUGGCCACUUUGGAACCUGAACAGAGAGCAGAGAUUAUCCAUCAUCUGGCUGAUCUGUUGACGGACCAGCGAGAUGAGAUCCUGCUAGCCAACAAAAAAGACUUGGAGGAGGCAGAGGGGCGACUUGCAGCUCCUCUGCUGAAACGUUUGAGCCUCUCCACGUCUAAACUGAACAGCCUGGCCAUCGGUCUGCGGCAGAUCGCGGCCUCUUCACAGGACAGCGUGGGACGUGUUCUGCGCCGGACCCGAAUUGCCAAAAACUUGGAACUAGAACAAGUGACUGUCCCAAUUGGAGUUCUGCUGGUCAUCUUUGAGUCUCGCCCUGACUGUCUGCCCCAGGUGGCAGCCUUGGCUAUUGCAAGUGGUAAUGGCCUGUUACUCAAAGGAGGAAAGGAGGCUUCACACAGCAACCGGAUUCUUCACCUCCUGACCCAGGAGGCCCUCUCUAUCCAUGGAGUCAAGGAGGCUGUACAGCUGGUGAAUACCAGAGAAGAAGUGGAAGAUCUUUGCCGCCUAGACAAAAUGAUCGACCUGAUCAUCCCACGUGGCUCCUCCCAGCUGGUCAGAGACAUCCAGAAAGCUGCUAAGGGCAUUCCAGUGAUGGGGCACAGUGAAGGGAUCUGCCACAUGUACGUGGAUUCAGAAGCCAGUGUCGAUAAAGUCACCAGACUAGUCAGAGACUCUAAGUGUGAAUAUCCAGCUGCCUGCAAUGCUUUGGAGACUCUGUUAAUCCACCGAGAUCUGCUGAGAACACCGUUAUUUGACCAGAUCAUUGACAUGCUGAGGGUGGAACAGGUGAAGAUUCAUGCAGGCCCCAAGUUUGCCUCCUAUCUGACCUUCAGCCCCUCCGAAGUGAAGUCCCUCCGAACGGAGUACGGGGACCUGGAACUGUGCAUUGAAGUGGUGGACAGCGUGCAGGAGGCCAUCGACCACAUCCACAAGUACGGCAGCUCCCACACGGACGUCAUCGUCACAGAGAAUGAGAAGACAGCAGAGUUCUUCCUCCAGCACGUAGACAGUGCCUGUGUGUUCUGGAACGCCAGCACUCGCUUCUCUGAUGGCUACCGCUUCGGACUGGGAGCUGAGGUGGGAAUCAGCACAUCGCGAAUCCAUGCCCGGGGCCCAGUGGGACUUGAGGGACUGCUAACUACCAAGUGGCUGCUGCGAGGGCAGGACCACGUGGUCUCAGACUUCUCAGAGCACGGAAGCUUGAAGUAUCUUCACGAGAACCUCCCUGUUCCUCAGAGAAAUACCAACUGAGAGCACUCAGCGGAGAGCCAGGAGUGUUCCAAAAGGUCUUCACAGUUCAGCUCGCCUUGAGAAUCUCUGGAGGAGCCAUGUCUUGUCUCCCAUUUCCUGGAAGGGUCUGCCGGUAGGAAAGUGCACCUCGACGCUCCUGGGCUGUGUGGCAGCGUCGGCCUGGGCUAUGGCUUCGGUUCCCACUCACCCUAUUCUUUUUUUUUUUUCCUAUUCUUUUCUUUUCAAGUUAAAAAAUAAUUGCUGUGGAUAGAGACUUUGCUUAAUUGCUACAGAUGGAGACUUUGCUUCACAUAGUUCAGUUCUCUUCAGUGAUAGAAACAGAAAGUUGCAGUUUCCCCACAUAAAAGGCAACGGAGAAACCAUGGCCGCUUUUUACUUUUUAUCGCCUCAGUGAGGUAGUCUCCCUUGAUGUUUGGUUGUGACAAGAGCCCAUCGUACCGAAUAAGUCUUUCCACAUUUCAUUUCUUUCACGCUCUUAGUCGCCUUUGAAAAGGAAAGGUUUGGAACUUCGAAGAGGGGCAGCUCUUCUUUUCAGCAUUCUCUUCAGAAACGAUCACAAAAAUGGACUGAAUCGUUUACACUGGGAAGAUUGACCUUCUGUAUUUAUUUGUGGAGUAAAUGCAAAUAACAUUUCAGUUGCUAACAGCUUCUCCAGAUCCAGGAGUUUGGUACUCCCCGUGACGAGGUUGGAACCUGGAACUGUGGACAAGAGGUGCGAGUUUCAGGAUGAAGUACCCACGGCCAUUGUGCUUGAAAUUUUUGUGUGAAUUAUUUCGUCAUCCUAUCCUUUCCCUGCAAAGCAAAGAUUACAGGAUUAUUUUAAUACUUUGGAUUCUUCCCCUCUUUUUGAGAAAUAAAGUUCUUAGGAAAAAG